AUGACCGACAACGUCGUGAGACUUCGUGGGAACACGGAAGACGUGGCCACGAAGGCGAGUCCGGUGCCUGGAACCAGUAAAGAACGCAGCAAUUCUUUGAGGGCGACGCCUGGUAUGUUUGUCACGUGUGCAAGCGGAACGUUUCGUGAAAACUACAAGGCAAUAAAAUUACUGGGCAAAGGAUCAUUCGGAGAAGUAUUAUUAUGCCUCAACCGAACUACCGGACAACAGUACGCAGUCAAAGUCAUUAUCAAGACCUCUGUCAAACGCAACAAAGAUCAUGAAUCAUUGUUACGAGAAGUCAAUGUUCUCAAGUCACUUGACCAUCCGAACAUUAUGAAAAUAUUCGAGUUCUAUGAAGACGACAAGUACUACUACUUCGUGACAGAGCUGUACACAGGAGGGGAACUUUUCGACGAAAUAGUUAGUAGAAAAUGCUUCUCCGAAAAUGAUGCUGCCAAAAUCAUUAAGCAAGUGCUUAGCGGUAUCAACUACAUGCACAAACAAAAAGUAGUGCAUAGAGACCUCAAGCCUGAAAAUUUGUUGCUUGAGUCCAAAUCACCGAACGCCAAUAUCAAAAUUAUUGACUUUGGACUUUCUACGCACUGCGAUGUCAAUUCGAAAAUGAAGGACAAAAUUGGAACUGCAUACUACAUUGCACCAGACGUACUCAAGGGUGUAUAUGACUCUAAGUGUGAUAUCUGGUCUGUGGGUGUUAUUUUGUACAUUCUUCUCUGUGGAUUCCCUCCAUUCAACGGAGCGAACGAAUCAGAGAUCAUCAAGAAAGUACAAACGGGCAAAUACACCUUUGACAUGCCACAAUGGCGCAAGGUGUCGGAGAGUGCAAAGGACCUCAUUGCUCGGAUGAUCACCUACAACCCAGCAAAGAGAAUCAGUGCUGCUGAGGCUCUGGAACAUCACUGGCUCACAUACAUGACCAAGGACCACACCGUUGACCUACCAAGCCUGGAACUUUCAAUCAACAAUAUGAAGAACUUCUACUACACACAGAAACUCUCACAAGCAGCUUUGUUGUAUAUUGGUUCCAAGCUUAUCACAAAGGAAGAAAGUAACUAUUUGACCGGUAUCUUUAGCAAAAUGGACAAAAAUGGUGAUGGACAACUUGACCGUGCGGAGCUCAUAGAAGGGUUCUCUGAGUACUUGAGACUCAAGGGAUCACCCUCCGAAGAAUCAGAACGGGCAACAGUAGAGGAACAAGUAGAUCAAAUAUUACAAGAAAUUGACUUUGACAAAAACGGAUACAUCGACUACAGUGAAUUCCUCACAGUAGCCAUGGACCGUCGUAGUAUCAUGCAACAGGACCGACUUGAAAAAGCUUUCAAACUAUUUGAUGCCGACGGUUCGGGAACUAUUUCCUCAACUGAGCUUGGAAAAUUGUUCGGUGUGGCAGAUGUUAGUGAGGAAGACUGGCAGCGCGUGCUUCAUGAGGUGGACACCAAUAACGAUGGACUUAUUGACUUUGAAGAAUUUCAAGCAAUGCUUACAAAAUUGAAUUAA